GCAAUCUGCAGAUCUGUCAAUACUGAAUGUGCCGAAGGGUCGGCUCAAGAAGCGAACUGAAGAAGCGUCGCUGACAGAAGCGCUCGCAGGAUUAACCAGUAGAGGCGCGCACGUUCGUGCAGAAUUGCCAUAUUUGGACGUGAUGACCAGGUCCGAACUUGCCUAGGGGCAGAAUGCAAAGCGUCCAAAAUACCUCCAUCCCGGCAGUCCUCCACGACUAUAAGGCCUUUCCAGUAGCCUCCAUCUUUUUCCCCUCGUCUUGCCACCAUGUCCACCCAACCUCUCUUGCAGAGGACCGCUGCAAAACGUAUUGCCUUGCCUGUAAAAGUCGAGCCCAAGGUAUCCUUUGCUAAUGAACGAACGUUCUUAUCAUGGCUACACUUCACGGUGGUGCUUGGUGGUCUGGCAGUUGGUUUGCUGAACUUUGGUGACAAGGUCGGGAAGAUUAGUGCAGCCAUGUUCUCGUUUGUCGCCGUUGCAGUAAUGAUAUAUGCACUAUGGACAUAUCAUUGGCGUGCUGCGUCCAUUCGGAGAGGAGGUCGCGGUCCGUAUGAUGACAGAAUUGGUCCCACCGUUCUUUGUGUCGCAUUACUUCGUGCGUACACUUUCGCAUACGUCAUACCCAUUUCAACUAAUUGUACUUUUGACUAGUCGCUAUCAUCAUCAAUUUCAUCCUGCGCUUCACGACAGGAGACGAGCCUUAACUUGCCACCGCCUCAGUCGUUAUGAUUCCUCUCACGUCGUGUUACCCUGGACUUGUGUGCACCGUUCAAAGUACCCCUGGGCCCGCCAUCUGGUCGGAGUCGCGUGAACUGGGCUCAUCGAGUUCUUACAAGUUAUCGAAGAUGAAAAGCAAUCUACUACGUCAUGUUCUGAUCACAUUCUACGACCCACUCUACCGCACGGACUCUUUCUGUGUUACCACCAUCCAUGAAUUAAUUAUUACCAGCAUGAUCAUCCUUCGUCAUGUAGUGUUCUCUUUCUUGUACUUAGGAUUGUAAUACCUUAUCAGCAUGCUACUUCUUCGUACACCUUCGCAAUUUAACACAGUCUACGCCGUCCAUCCGCUUCAUAGCUGACUUGCAGGCGGCUUAGAUCAGAAGGCAGGGGCAUAUGGUUGGAACCAUGAGAGGUAAAAUAGAGCAGCAAUCUAUUGUGUCGAACUACUUCUGUACACCAGUGAAUACCGGUCGCUUGACCUCGUGAAUAGGCGUUUGGCCUUCUGGUGUGCCAGGGAUAGUCUUGGUGAGACC